AUCGAAUCCACUCUUUUUUUUUUUCUUCUUUUUUUUUUCAUUCACUCGACUCUGUAGUCAUCAUGUCCGGCACACUCGUGCACCGGAAGAAGGCCGCGGCAGCCGCCAGCGACAGUCUUGGGAGUAGCAGCAGCAGCAGUGGUGCCAACGGAGGGGACCGAGCAGGCGCGUCCGCGAGCGGCGACCGACAGAGCGAAGAGGACGCGGCGCACACAAGCGCGCAGCUCGACGACGCCGACGACAGCGAAAAGUACAACAAAGAAGGGUGGCUGACGCUCAUGGAGGAAGUCCUCCUGCUCGGCCUCAAGGACCGCGAGGGUUAUACGUCAUUCUGGAACGACUGCAUCUCGUCGGGCCUGCGAGGAUGCAUACUAGCCGAGCUGGCAUUGCGCGGCCGUGUUGAGCUCGAGCGCACGGGCAUGCGCAAGCGAUCUCUGGCAACCCGCCGCGUCAUCCUCCUCGACGACACUCCCACCGGCGACGUUCUCUUGGACGAAUCGCUUCGUCAUAUCAAGGAAACAGAGCCACCGGAAACGGUCGAGUCCUGGAUUGAGUAUCUCAGUGGCGAAACUUGGAACCCGCUCAAGCUCAAGUACCAGCUCCGCCAGGUGCGCGAACGCCUCGCCAAGAACUUGGUCGAGAAGGGCGUGUUGACGACAGAAAAGCAAAACUUUUUGUUGUUUGACAUGACAACACACCCUGUGGUUGACUCGGCGCAAAAGGCCAAGGUCAUGAAGAAGGUGCAGAAUGCUCUGCUGGCCAAGUGGGUCAACGACGUCCAUCGCAUGGACAAGCGAACACUGGCUCUCCUGUUCCUCGCCCACGCGUCGGACGUGUUGGAGAAUGCCUUCUCGCCCCUCAACGAUGACGAUUAUGACCUUGUGAUGCGACGUCUCAAGGACCUGCUAGAACUCGAUCCCGAGAUUGAAACACAAAAGCCAAACGCUAACGAAAUGAUUUGGGCUGUCGCCCUUGUCUUUUUGCAACGCUAGAGAAAUUUUUUCAAAAUUUCAGAGUUGGUGCUGCGUCGUUGUUGUUGUUGUUGUUGUUCUUGUGGUGUGGUCUGUGUUUCUGCGUUUAUGUUUUAUUGGGUUCUUUUGCUGUUGGUUAUGUCUGACUUUUUUUGUUGUUUCUCCCCAUUUGAACGGUCUGUCGGGAUUGCUCGUUUAUUCUUCCCCGUCAACCGGCUCAUGCUCUCGCUCUCCCGAUCUUUCUCAGCUUUGUUGUUAGCCCUCUGAUUUUUGGGGUGGCUGCUUCUUCCCCGGUGUGUGCUGUUGCUUUGUACUUAUUGUACCAAAUUAUUCUUGUAUCCCU